AAAUUAAAAGUUUAGAUUGACUAUAUUUCCUAGGUCAAAUAGAAAAUAUCUAAACGAAAACACAAACAGGAAGUGAGAGAGAAAUUUUUGGAUAAUGAGUACCGUCUUCCCUAUUUAAAAGCCUUGCUUAGAACGAUCAUCAUCAGAGAACCUACCUGAAGGUUCACCCAGACCCCAUCUCAGCCAGCCCAGCAGCAGCCACAUCUUCCCCAUGGCCUUCAUGCUCUCUCUACUGAUGGCCCUGGUGCUGGUCAGCUAUGGCCCAGAAGGAUCUCUUGGUUGUUACCUGUCUCAGAGACACAUGCUGGAUGCCAGGGAGAACCUCAGGCUCCUGGCCCAAAUGAACAGACUCUCCCCUCAUCCCUGUCUGCAGGACAGAAAAGACUUUGGUCUUCCUCAGGAGAUGGUGGAGGGCGACCAGCUCCAGAAAGAUCAGGCUAUCUCUGUGCUCCACGAGAUGCUCCAGCAGUGCUUCAACCUCUUCCACACAGAGCGCUCGUCUGCUGCCUGGAACACCAUCCUCCUGGAGCAGCUCCGCACUGGACUCCAACAGCAGCUGGAGGACCUGGACGCCUGCCUGGGCCCGGUGACGGGAGAGAAAGACUCUGACCUGGGAAGGAUGGGCCCCAUUCUGACCGUGAAGAAGUACUUCCAGGGCAUCCAUGUCUUCCUGAAAGAGAAUGAAUACAGCGACUGUGCCUGGGAAAUCAUCAGAGUGGAGAUGAUGAGAGCCCUCUCUUCAUCAACCACCUUGCAAAAAAGGUUAAGAAAGAUGGGUGGAGAUCUGAACUCACCUUGA